AUGCGGACGCUCGGUCGUUUGAGACGGCUGAAGACGACGCUGGUGCCAGAGUUCCACAGCUGCUGUAAAUUACAAGCGCCAAAUGCAGCUGGGAAGCAGUUACCUAGAAUCUAUGUGACCCGGCGGAUUCCACCGGAUGGGAUGAAGAUCCUGAGCCAGUCAGGGCUCUGCAACAUUGAGCAGUGGGAUUCAGAUGAGCCAGUGCCACGCUCAGAACUCCUGGAGAAGGUUGCUGGGAUUCGAGGCUUGUAUUGCCUCCUGACAGAGAAGAUAGAUGCCGAAGUGCUGGACGCGGCAGGGCCCAGCCUGCAGGUGGUCAGCACGAUGUCAGUGGGCUACGAUCACGUGUCUCUGGAGGAGCUGAAGAAGAGAGGAAUCAGAUUAGGAUACACACCAGACGUAUUGACUGAAGCAGUUGCUGAACUCACAGUUGCUCUUCUUCUGGCAACCUCCCGUCGACUGUUAGAAGCUGUGGAUGAAGCUAAGAACGGUGGCUGGGGAACCUGGAAGCCUCUGUGGAUGUGUGGCUAUGGUCUGACAGACAGCACUGUGGGGAUUCUAGGACUUGGAAGAAUAGGAGCAGCUGUCAUGGCCCGGUUAAAGCCAUUUGGAGUCAAGAGAUUCCUCUAUGCCGACACCGGCCCGAGACCUGACAUGGCCACCAAGAUCCCGGCCGAGUUUGUGCCACUGGAGGAAUUGGCUCGGCAUUCGGACUUCAUCGUUGUGUGCUGUGCCUUAACUCCUGAAACACAGGGCAUCUGUGGCAGCAGGCUUUUCUCCCUAAUGAAGGAUAGUGCCAUCUUUAUCAACACCAGCAGGGGCGGUGUAGUGAACCAGGAAGACCUGUACCAGGCAUUGGUCAAUGGUCAGAUUGCAGCGGCUGGCCUGGAUGUCACAGAGCCUGAGCCUCUGCCUACAGAUCAUCCUCUUUUAAAACUUAAAAACUGCGUUAUUCUCCCCCAUAUCGCCAGCGCUACGGUGGCUACCCGGAACGCCAUGGCCGCCUUAGCUGCCAGCAAUUUACUGGCAGGCCUUCAGGGAAAAGCCAUGGGCAAGGAGGUGCCACUCUGA